GUAAACAAGUGUACUCUCAGUUCGUACUAAAUACAAUCCGUCGUUUUAUAUUUUACUAUUAUGUGUUACUUUCUGGAUCAUUCGAUAAGUUUGGCGAAUGUAUUAAUAUAUGGUAACCCCUGGCAGCUAAACAGCUAACAUAAUAUAAAUAUGUAACAUGACUGGUGUAUAUUUCAGCGGCUUCCUGUACAACAGCUGAAUGUAGGUCACGUGCUGCCCAAACACUUUUGCAAUUGCUGACACCACAGUCUCACUUCCUUCCUCGGACGGACAGGACAGGACAGGACAGGUCUCGUCUUUUCCUGUGUCUCCUCCUGUGUUAGAUCACGUGAAGUCAUCAUCACCGACUGAAGCAGCAGAGUAGGAGCCGGUGAGCUGCUACUUGUUUCCACACCAGCAGUGAUGGAGGCUGGAGGCAGGAGAGACGCUGCUGCUGUCUGCAGCCUCCUGUUUCUCUGUUUGGGUUGUUUCCAUGUGAUAGCUCUCAAGCCACAACUUUUCAGACUCGGUGCUUCCCCCUUACCCAGUGAGACCCCUAUCAGCUAUGAAACGCUAUACUUUGACCAAAAGAUUGACCAUUUUGGAUUUGUGGAGGACGGCACGUUCAAACAAAGAUACCUCGUGGCUGACAAGUACUGGAAACAGCCCGGUGGACCCAUUCUGUUCUACACUGGCAAUGAAGGCGACAUCGCCUGGUUCUGCAACAACACAGGCUUCAUGUGGGAAAUUGCGGAGGAGUUGGGCGCCAUGCUGGUUUUUGCAGAACACCGUUACUAUGGAGAAUCGCUUCCAUUUGGACAAGACUCUCACAAUGACAACAAAAACCUGAACUUUCUGACUUCAGAACAGGCCUUGGCAGAUUAUGCAGUGCUGAUUGACAAUCUGAAGAGAACUUUACCUGGAGCCCAGCACAGCCCUGUCAUUGCUAUUGGAGGUUCUUAUGGAGGGAUGCUGUCUGCCUGGUUAAGGAUGAAAUACCCACACUCUGUUGUUGGAGCCCUAGCGUCCUCUGCACCAAUAUGGCAGUUCUCUGGUAUGGUGCCAUGUGGAGACUUCUACAAAGUAGUCACCCAGGAUUUCGCCAGAAGCGGCUACAACUGUGAUGGCAACAUAAGAAAAUCAUGGAAGGCCAUUAAUAACAUCUCCUCUACAGUCUCUGGUCUCCAGUGGAUGUCAGAAGAGUUCAGUUUAUGUGCUCCACUCAAAAACAAGAACGAUGUGGGCAUCUUCAAGAACUGGCUUCAGGAGACCUGGACCAAUCUGGCCAUGGUGGAUUAUCCAUAUGAAGCCAACUUCCUGCAGCCACUGCCCCGCUGGCCCAUUCAGGUGGUCUGCAAGUUCCUGUCCUUCGACUCUGCCGUAUCUGACUACCAGCUGCUGCAGGCGGUCUCCCAAGCAGCGAAGGUCUACUACAACUACACCGGCAUCACUUCCUGUCUGAACACGUCUCAGACGGCGACUGGCAGCCUGGGUUUCCUGGGCUGGUUUUAUCAGGCCUGCACAGAGAUGGCGAUGCCCAUGUGCACAGACGGCGUCCAGGACAUGUUUGAGGCCGAGGACUGGAACUUCCAGGCUUUCUCCGAUGAGUGCAACGCAAUGUUUGGAGUCAGGCCGCGGGCCGACUGGGCUGGGGUCGUCUACGGCGGGAAAGAUCUCGCCUCUCACAGCAACAUCAUUUUCAGUAACGGAGGACUUGACCCGUGGUCAGCCGGUGGAGUCUCUUACAACAUCACAGAUUCUCUGGUGUCCAUUCUAAUUCCCGAGGGGGCUCAUCACCUCGACCUCCGCUACAGCCAUGACUUGGACCCCCCCUCGGUCCGUGCUGCCCGUUUGUUAGAGGUGAAGUAUUUUCGGGAGUGGAUCAAGCAGGCUAAAACAAACACCACGACUUGAACACCAUCAGUGUUUAAUACAGUAUUCUCCCUUUUAUUACAAAAGCCAAAGUUUGUAUUUUUAACUUAAAUGCUUUUUUUUUUAAAUAAUUCAUUAAUGUGUAUUUAAAAUUUGGUAGAUUAUGUUAGCAUUAGCACUGUCAGGAACAGACAUCAUUAGAGUAAAAGUGUCACUGCACUCUUCCAUUUGAAAAACUAUGCACUUAAAUGGGCUGGAAGAUCUGAAGGUUCAGUUUGAGCCAGAAAAAUCCAAAGUCUGUAAAAUUAAAAAAGAAGCAACUGAAGGUUAAGGAAAAGCAAUAAAAAAAAUUUUUUUAACUCAGGAAAUGUUUACGUUUUUUUACAUGCUCAGUGAGCCCUUUAUUGGCAUUGAAACUGAUAUGUGUGUGUACAUGUAACACACUGAGUCUAUAAGUACUUCAAUCAAAUCCUCCCCAACUUUCCCUUUUGAGGCGUUUAUUCCCUCAGUCAGUGCUUUAAUCAACGUUCCCUUUAAAUCACAGCGAUUCCUGUCAUUUCUGCUCUUUGUUGUUACAAAUGGAGAGCAUUUUGUUUCCCCGCUUCUUAUAUUGAUUUGAAUUUGUUGUUAUCAUUUGUCGUUUUUUCUUUUUGUUUUUUUUUCUAAUGUCGAUGUCGAUGGAAGUCUCAGGAGAAAAGCUGUCAACAAAUACGGCACACAAUAAAUCAUUUUCUAAGAUGUG